GUCAGGGUCCUGCAUCUCUUCCUUUCUUCUUGAUGGAUGGUCUCUUUGAUCCAUGAGCUCCAAGGCCGGCGGGAUGGUGCCAACUUGAAAACACACUGCUCUGCCCAUGGGACCGCGGUAGGGGACUGGAGGCUAAUAACGAACGGCUGGGGCCAAGAGCUAUAAAAAGCCUUGUCAGGGCCCCUGCACAAGUGUCCCGCCAUGGUAUUACCUGGGCUGCUGUUGCUGCUGCUGCUGCUAGCUGGCACCCGCUGGCUGUGGGGCCGGUGGAAGCUCCGGAGCCUCCGCCUGCCUCCUCUCGCCCCGGGGUUCCUGCACUUUCUACAGCCUAACCUUCCCACCUACCUGUUUGACCUCACCCAGAAACUCGGGCCUGUCUACAGGAUUCGCAUGGGACUGCAAGAUGUGGUCGUUCUGAAUUCUAAUAGGACCAUUAAGGAGGCCCUGAUCCAAAAAUGGGCUGACUUUGCUGGCCGACCCCAGAUACCAUAUGAAAAUCUAGACUUGGACCUGUCGUUAGGGGACUACUCGCUAACGUGGAAGGCCCACAAGAAACUCUCUCGCUCAGCUCUAAUGCUGGGCGUGCGAGACUCCAUGGAGCCCCUGGUAGAGGAGCUGGCCCAGGAAUUCUGCGAGCGCAUGCGCGCGCAGGCUGGCGCCCCCGUGGCCAUCCAGAAGGAGUUCUCUUUGCUCACGUGCAGUGUCAUCUGCUACCUCACGUUUGGAGACAAGGACGACAUUUUGGUACACACGGUUCACAGCUGUGUGCAGGACUUGCUGCAAGCCUGGAGCCACUGGUCCGUCCAAAUCUUGGAAAUAAUUCCCUUUCUCAGGUUCCUCCCCAAUCCGGGCCUCUGGAAGCUGAAGCGGUUCCAGGAGAACAGGGACGAUAUCGUAAGGGAGCAGCUGAAGCUGCACAAGGACAGCCUGGUAGCAGGCCAGUGGAAGGACAUGCUUGACUACAUGCUUCAAGGCGUGGAGCAGCAAAGAGAGGGCACGGAUGCCGGGCAGCUCCACGAAGGACACGUGCACAUGUCCGUGGUGGACCUCUUCGUCGGGGGCACUGAGACCACAGCCACCACGCUCUCCUGGACUGUGGCUUUCCUGCUUCAUCACCCUGAGAUCCAGAAGCGACUGCAGGAAGAACUAGACCUCAAGUUGGGCCCCAGUGCCCCCAGCUCCCAGCUCCUGUACAAGAACCGAAUGCAGCUGCCUUUGCUCAUGGCUACCAUCGCUGAGGUGCUGCGCCUGCGGCCCGUGGUGCCCCUGGCCCUGCCCCAUCGCACCACUCGGGCUAGCAGUAUCUCUGGCUAUGACAUCCCCAAGGACACCAUCAUCAUCCCCAACAUCCAAGGCGCCAACCUGGACGAGAUGGUCUGGGAACUGCCCGGCCAGUUCUGUCCUGAUCGCUUCCUGGAACCCGGCAAGGACCUCAAAACCCUAUCCUUCGGCUGUGGGGCCCGUGUGUGCCUGGGAGAGCCGCUGGCGCGACUGGAGCUCUUCGUGGUCCUGGCGCGCCUGCUCCAGGCCUUCACGCUGCUGCCACCACCAGAUGGCACCCUGCCCUCCCUGAAGCCCCAGAAUUUCACUGGUGUCAAUCUCUUGAUUCGUCCUUUCCAGGUGCGGCUGCAGCCCAGGAACCUGAUGCCCCAAGACCAGGGCCAGAACCCUUGACAGGAUAGG